ACAUGUUACGAAAUGGAGCGAUAUUUGAAGGACGAGCCGAAGAUGCAGAUCAAGAAGAUCAACGCUUCGGACAUGGACACAUCGUGGUUCGCGACGCCGACGGCAAACGGUUGGAAGAUGGAGGUGGACUGCUUGGAGGAGUACAACGACAGACACAUGGACUCGUUGAGCACGAGCUCCGCCAGUUCGACGUACUCGUGGGACGGACCACUUUCGUGCGCGGUGAUCGUGAAGCGUGAAGAAGACGAGGAGGACGACGACGAAGACGCGUACGAGGAUAGGGCGAGAUCGGACACCGAUGAGCUUCAUCUGCACCUGGUCGCGCGAAACUCGACGACGCUGACGCCGCCUUCCAGUCCGGAAUCUGCACCAGGUCACAACAGCAACGGCAGCUCCAGCGCCAGCGAGAUGGACCUCUGCACGCUGCAGGACGUGCCGCGGAACACGAUCGUUCGCCUGAGGACGACCAGUCUGGCCAGGUUCAUUUCGGUGGUGCCGUCGCCCGCCUCCCCAGCAGCCGCCGCCACCGCCAAACACAGCAGACUCGACCAUUCUCCCGAUUCUAAGAGGAGGAUACACAAGUGCCAAUUCCCGGGUUGCAAAAAGGUCUACACCAAGAGUUCACACCUCAAAGCCCACCAGCGAACGCACACCG